GCCUUUGGAUUUUUGAUUAAAAUAUAGUUUUUUCCUGUCUCUGUUGUUUAUAACUACCUUAAGUUUUUUUUUUACAUGUAAUACCUUUUUUGUAGCCAAUCUGUUCAACUAUACGUUUUUUUCCGUGUAAUUUUAUAACGUCGAACAAUUCGAAGAGCCUCAGUUUUAUUUUUCUAUUUAUAAUUAGUAUCAAUUGCCGUGUUACGCGACUUUCGUUGCUGAGAUAUUUUUCAGAGAUCGUAGGAACUUAGUUUAAAGUGUAAUCCUACUAUUGUUAUAACAGUAAAAUGAGCGAAGAAGAACAACUACCGACCGGAUGGGAAAAACGAGUGAGCCGGUCUACCGGUCAAACCUACUAUUUAAACUUAUUGACCAAAGAAAGUCAAUGGUCCAUACCAACAAAACCAGCAUCUGAAAAUACAGGCUCAACAAAUGCUGGUCCUGAACAAGUACAAUGUAGUCAUUUAUUGGUUAAACAUGAAAAAUCACGUCGACCCUCAUCAUGGCGAGAAGAACGUAUAUCAAGAUCAAAAUCUGAAGCAGUUGAUAUCAUAAAAUCUUAUCGUGAACAAAUUGUUUCUGGCAAAGCAUCAUUUGCUGAACUUGCCCAGAAAUAUUCAGAUUGUAGUUCAGCUAAACGUGGUGGUGAUUUGGGACCAUUUACUAGAGGCACCAUGCAAAAGCCAUUUGAAGAUGCCUCAUUUGCAUUGAAAAUUGGAGAACUUAGUGAAGCUAUACAUACAGAUUCUGGUGUACAUAUAAUUUUACGUACAGCAUAAAUCAUGAAUUACUUUUCUCUUUAUAAUUCAAAUUUUGACCUACUCUAA